ACGUUGCCUAGCAACCGUGAGGCGUCCCUGGAAGCGUGUUGGUGUUAGCGACAUAGUGCCUGGGGACAUGGUGGCAGAGAAAGAUGGUUCGAGCCCCCCGAAACUCACUGGAGAGAGACCCCCACAACAACAGCAGCCACUGGGGCAGCUGAGGAGAACCAAGCAGCAGGUCACCGAUGGAUUCACUGUUAAAGCCAUGAUGAGAAACACUGUGGUAAGAGGACCCCCAGUUGCAGGAGCAUUUAAAGAAAGACCAACAAAGCCUACAGCAUUUCGCAAGUUUUAUGAGCGAGGAGACUUCCCAAUUGCCCUUGAGCAUGAUACAAGAGGAAAUAAAAUAGCCUGGAAGGUGGAGAUUGAGAAACUGGACUAUCAUCACUAUCUGCCUCUGUUUUUUGAUGGGCUUUGUGAAAUGACAUUUCCCUAUGAGUUUUUCGCUCGGCAAGGAAUCCAUGACAUGCUGGAACAUGGGGGAAACAAGAUUCUUCCAGUCAUUCCUCAGCUCAUUAUCCCAAUAAAAAAUGCACUGAACCUUCGUAACCGCCAGGUCAUCUGCAUCACGCUCAAAGUCCUCCAGCACCUGGUAGUGUCAGCUGACAUGGUGGGGGAAGCCUUGGUGCCCUAUUAUCGUCAAAUCCUCCCCAUCCUAAACAUCUUUAAGAAUAUGAAUGUGAAUUCAGGAGACGGUAUUGACUACAGCCAGCAGAAGCGUGAAAAUAUUGGAGAUUUGAUUCAAGAGACACUGGAAGCCUUUGAGCGCUAUGGUGGAGAAGACGCUUAUAUCAACAUUAAAUACAUGGUCCCUACCUAUCAAUCGUGCUUGUUAAACUAACAGAUAGGACAGUUGUGUCAACAGGGAUGAUUUCAUUUGUAUUCUCAAAGGCUAUAACCAAUUCUGUAUAAUAUCGUGUUGUUCAUGCUUUCUUCCUCUACAGCUGCUAAAGUAGUGGCUUCUGGACCAUUAAACUGCUAGCACUAUUGUGAACAAGUCUUUCCAAUACAUAAAUAGUGCCUGUUCCUUA